ACCACUUCCAUCUGGAUAGACGAUGUUAGCAAAAGCAACUUUUGGUAACCCGACAAAUCAGAACCAGAAAAAAUGUCAAAUUAUCUGCCACCACCCAAAUCUCACCCUCAACGACAUUCAAAAACCAAGAGACAAUCCGUUUAUCUCUAUAUGGAUGUUUUCUGUGUACGCGUAGAGAGAGAAAGUGAAUACUAAAAUGGCAUUGGCAAUGGCCGUCAGGAGGUUUUAUUCAUCUGUUGACAAGCCCAUCAAGCGUCUAAAUAAUGGCGGCUCCAUCUAUUACAUGUCAUCUUUGCCUGAUGAAGCAGUGUAUGAGAAAGAAAAAUCUGGUGUCCCGUGGCCAAAGCAACUCAAUGCUCCACUGGAAGUGGUUGAUCCUGAGAUAGCUGAUAUUAUUGAGCUUGAAAAGGCUAGACAAUGGAAGGGGCUCGAACUUAUUCCCUCAGAGAACUUCACUUCAGUUUCUGUGAUGCAAGCCGUUGGUUCAAUUAUGACUAACAAGUACAGUGAGGGCUACCCUGGUGCUAGAUAUUAUGGUGGAAAUGAGUAUAUUGACAUGGCUGAAACAUUAUGCCAAAAGCGUGCUCUAGAAGCAUUCCGGUUGGACCCUGAAAAAUGGGGAGUGAAUGUGCAGCCCCUGUCAGGAUCCCCAGCAAACUUUCACGUUUACACUGCUUUGCUCAAACCACAUGACAGAAUAAUGGCACUUGAUCUUCCUCAUGGAGGCCAUCUUUCUCAUGGUUAUCAGACUGACACAAAGAAGAUAUCCGCUGUGUCAAUUUUCUUUGAGACCAUGCCAUACAGGUUGAACGAAAGCACUGGCUACAUCGAUUAUGAUCAGCUGGAAAAGAGUGCUGUACUGUUCAGGCCAAAAUUAAUUGUUGCUGGUGCUAGUGCGUAUGCUCGCCUGUAUGAUUAUGAACGUAUUCGUAAGGUAUGUGACAAGCAGAAAGCGAUCCUAUUGGCUGACAUGGCGCAUAUCAGUGGAUUGGUAGCGGCCGGUGUCAUCCCAUCUCCGUUCGACUAUGCUGAUGUGGUGACUACCACCACUCACAAGUCACUUCGUGGGCCCCGGGGGGCCAUGAUAUUUUUCAGGAAGGGAGUUAAGGAGAUUAACAAGCAGGGAAAAGAGGUGUUGUAUGACUAUGAGGAUAAGAUCAAUCAAGCUGUGUUUCCUGGUCUUCAAGGUGGGCCCCACAACCACACCAUCACUGGUUUGGCAGUUGCGUUGAAGCAGGCGACUACUCCAGAAUACAAAUCUUAUCAAGAACAAGUCUUGAGCAAUAGCUCAAAGUUUGCCAAGACUUUGGCUGUGAAAGGAUAUGAUCUUGUUUCUGGUGGAACGGAGAAUCAUUUGGUGCUGGUCAAUCUGAAGAACAAGGGUAUUGAUGGUUCGAGGGUGGAAAAAGUAUUGGAAUCUGUUCAUAUUGCGGCCAACAAGAACACCGUGCCUGGAGAUGUAUCUGCCAUGGUACCGGGUGGCAUCAGGAUGGGAACCCCGGCUCUUACUUCCAGAGGAUUUGUUGAGGAGGAUUUCGUAAAAGUUGCUGAGUUCUUUGAUGCCGCUGUGAAAUUGGCUGUAAAAAUCAAGGCUGAGACAAAAGGGACAAAGCUGAAGGACUUUUUGGCAACAAUUCAAAACAGUGCUUCACUUCAGUCUGAGAUUGCAAAUCUCCGCCAUGAUGUCGAGGAGUACGCCAAGCAAUUCCCAACUAUCGGGUUCGAGAAAGAAACCAUGAAAUACAAGAACUAACCGAAAGCUCACUCUACAUGCCAGGCACUAGAACUGAAGAUGAGAAGAGAUAAUGGAAUUGAAGUCUGGAAGUUAUAUUGUAUGGGAAGACUGAGAUGAAUGUUCAUGUGAAGGAAAAAAAGUCCAGGUUUUUUUUGUUCCUACGUUAGCGUCUGUAUAUGGAUGUACAAUAAGCACAAACUCAUGUUCAAUGUGUUAACCUGGAAAAAGCUUUUUAUAUGAUUUGUUUGGGUCUUAAGCAAUGACAUGAGAUGUGUUUAAUUUUACUAAUCUUAAUAGCUAAGGUUCCUCAAGUUAGGUGACUGAGGUUUAUGAGAACGCAAAUGGUACGAAUAUAUAAUAUUGAGUACAUAAAGAUGUCCAUAGUCUCUGAGCAAAAACAAUUCAAAUUAAAUUUUCAAGUGAACUCUACUAGUGAGAUUCUGUAGAAACUAUUUGUACAAUUCUUAAAGUUGGCUUCUAG